ACGCGAGAUUUCUCUUCGAGGUCGCAGCUUAGGGAAUGCCGGGAAGGAUGCCCACGGUGAUGCGUGUAGAAGAGCAACUGGUAAGCACAGGAUACACUGUGACAGUACUUCUCCGAGCGUACAUAGACGAGGACUUGACGACGAGUGAGUGCAGACAACGAACUAGGGAUUUGGUCCACGAACGUAGAGCUGAUGUACUGGCACGAGUGACCUUCCAAACCUCGAUAUCCUAUGAUGUGAUGAUAUGGUCUCAUGGUUAUAUGCGCACGGAGCACUACCACGAUGAGACGGUAGCGGAGGCUAGAGCGAGGGUGCGAGGGAGUCAGUGGUCGGAAGAAGAGAUUAUAGAAAACUUCCUAUUUAAUGUGGACCCAAGCCUUGGGAGGGAAGUUAAGGAAGCUCGACCGAAGGAUGGGAAAUGGACUACGUACAAGAAGAACCUCGUUGAGCUUUACAAAUUGGAGGAUAACAAKUAUUCCAUUAAGGACCUUGAAACAAUGACUCAAGAUGAAGAUGAGAGCGUACGGGCAUUUGRGAUGCGUUUCCAGAAGAUCUCCGACGUGCUGAUGAAGAAGGGGAAGAUCUCAGAGGUCGAGCGUUGUACUAUCUUUAUCGGACACUUGUCCAAAGGCAGGCAAAAGAGUAUACUUAAAGAUCUUCCGCGCGACAGGCUUGAUUUCCCAGAAGUUCUAAAGCUCGCGAUAAAGGCAGAGGCCGAUGAUUACAAGGACUUGGUGUGGAGAGGGAUGAGGAGACGUGACUUCUCUCUCUACAAGGAGUAUGUCACUGAUAGAUGUCCUGAUUUCAAGGACUAUCCCUGGUCGGAGAAGAAUGAGGCCGUGGCUGAGGAAGUGAAGGAGAUACGGGACAUGGUGAAGGGAUUAACGAGACAGGUUACAGAGAUUGUGACCGCUACAGGGGCCACGGCCUACCGGGACAAACCUGGAGGGCCCUAUUCACUUCGCUGGGACCGUAGGAACAGCGGUCUCUGGAGGAGUGUCGAGGAUAGAAAUCCUCGGACGCUGAUUGAUUAUCGUACGAGGGAGAGGGAGCGAGACGAUGAAUUAUGGCGACGUAGGGACGAUGAGAUAGACCGAGACCGCAGAGAUCGCGAGCUGUUUGUGCGAGUAAGGAGGCUAGAUGAUUAUCCCCGAAGCCCUCGCUAUGAGGCCGAUCGGGGUAGGGGCGGCUCCCGCGGCCGAUGGGAUAGGGACGACAGAUACGAGAAGACGGGUCGAGAUGGCUACAGAGGAAGUAGAUAUGAGAGAGGAGAUCGGGACUGGGAACGACAAGAUGGGUCGCGCGGACGGUUUGAGCGCGAGGGAGAUGCGAGAGAGCAGCGCGACGAGUCGCGGGGGUGGUACAACCGAGGGGACCGACGCGAUGAGUCACGAGGACGAUAUAACUCGGGGGACCGUCGGGAUGAUUCGCGAGGGCGGUAUGACCAAGGAGGGUUUGGAGGAGACCGGCGCAACGAUCCGCGCGGUCGGAAUGAGAGARGGGGAUAUGGCGUCUCAUCAUAACCAUAUCCCAAGUCGCCUGACCCCAAGGCGGCCAGGAGUUCGAUCUUUAGAGGCGCAGACGACAGGGCAUCUACUCCGAGGAACUCAUGCGUCUACUGUAGAGGAGAAGAUCAUAUCAAGAGAGAUUGCCCGGACCUCAAACGGGCAAUAGAAGAAGGACUUGUCGUGCUUGACGACCGCAAGUACGUCAAGUGGGCAGAUGAUCUCGGAGAUGUAUCGAUGUUUCCUUCGAUGAAGGAGAAUGUCGAAGCAAGGUGAAUAAAGACGAGUAAAGGAAUGGAGCCGGU